UUUUUUAUUUUUUAUUUUUUAUUUUUUUUUAAUUUCUAAUGUUUCCUGUGUGAUGGCUAACGUGUCAUCAGUUGAUAUUGGAGUUUUGCUUCUCGUCGUGGUGGCAGCAUCUUUGGCGAAUGGUUCCUCAUCUGGCAAAGAUGUGAUCCAUAGGAGGGAGGUGGAGGCCGUUAAGCUCAGUACACUCCUGCCCGGAGGUGAGGACGACCUCACGGGUGUCUCUUCACACGCCGGAGCUCCGCCCUGCUCCGCCUGUGACCCGUCAGCUGCCAGGAGGCGUGCGAAGAGAUGCACAUGUUACAGUUACAAAGACAAGGAGUGUGUGUAUUACUGCCACCUGGACAUCAUCUGGAUCAACACACCAGAACACACAGUACCAUAUGGUAUGUCCAGUUACCAGGGAUCCCCGCGUUUGAGGCGCUCUGCCGGGUCUAAGCGGGUGAGGAGGGGGGCGGUGACCCGUCGCUGUGCGUGCACGCUGCACAGCGACUCUAACUGCAGCAACUUCUGCAUAAACAGCAGGCAGAGGAGGCCACCCUUGGGAGCGACUAAUAAAGACAAGAGGACAGCAAGUCAGCACAGCAUCCCUGCUGUGAAAUGAACAUAUAAGUGACGUACUACUUAUCUGUAAGGAGGACAUGUAUUUUAUUUAAAUAAGGCAUCCCCUUAUUAUGAAAUCCAGCAUGUAUAUCUACACAACCGUGGAAGGACAAGUGUUUGUAGUGUGUUCAGUGCCGCGUCAUCAGACUGAUGAAUAAUCGCUGCUUGCACAAAUACUUAAACCAGCAGGGAUGCUAACGGGGGUGCAUGCCGCUCAGCCCUCUUUGUCUGUGUCUGUACAGCAGGUGUGGACAAUGGUUCCCAUUAAGCUGUCUCUAAUGAGAAUGCCUCACACGGCUUGUUUGUUUUCGACCAUGAAAGACUUUUUGGUAGACCAUGUUGCCCACACAUGUCCGUGGCGGUGAUGGAGCUGCCGCCAUCGGACUGUCAACACUGUCUGAUAAAUGAUCACCAGAAGAACCAGAACCAUGUUCUCUCCAGGAAAAACAUUUGUCAGUCAAACAUCAAACCAGUUAACGUCGAGCUAUGCUCACAUCCAAACUGCUAGUAAGCCACUUAAA